AUGUUGGUGGCCGAAUGUAUCACAUGUCUUCUACUGCCGUUUGUUUGGCCUCAUGUCUACGCGCCAAUUUUGCCGCUUAGUCUAGCUCAUUUUGUCGACGCACCAGUGCCCUAUAUCAUGGGGAUCAGAUAUAGCAGUUCGGACACUUCACCCCAUCCAUCCCACACAGUGUUUUCUCCCGAACUCAGUCCGAAUGAACACCGUUUGGACGAGCCGUCCACGAUGCGAGGCUCGAAAUUAGAUGAGAUUCGUCCUCAUGCUGUUGAAUUGGCCAGCGAGGCCAACGUGUGCUACGUAUAUAUCGAUGAAGGACGUGUGAUCGCGGCUGAUGAGGUACCUCAGUUUCCGAAUUCCGAUUAUGUGAAAGAAGCACUUUAUCAGAUUAUACGGAUCGCUUCCUCGUUGACAUCUGGUAAGUAA